UUCAGAUACUCCAUUUGUGCUUGCGGGAAAGCCGCCGAACCAGGGUGAAGAGUUCGCGGUUUGUGUCUGCAUCUGGAGAUUAUGCUUUGGCUGUUACUACGUGCGGUUUUCUGCCCACCUUUACAUACACCGAAGAGUUAUGGUGGUAGUUGGAGGGAGGGAAGUUAAAUGAUCAUUUAUAAUUUCAAAGGAAUGGGCUCUUGUUUCAGCUAUUGCUGUAAAGAGCAAAACAAGCGAUCUAGGCAUGUCAAACCGGCCGGUUACUUCGAUACGUCGAGCCUCAUCGAAUUCGAAACACUUAUUGAUGAGCAGUCAUCUAGCGAGCCCAAAAGUUUGCAAAGCCUGGAACUUCCUGUGGCCAAAUUUCAUGCACCAGAUGAAAGUUGCUGCAACUGCAGCUCGGAGUUGCAGCUUUAUCACUUGAAUUUUGAAGAACUGUCUGCAUCAGAUGAUGAUCUUUUGACCUUGUCUGGCUUGAGUGACGAUGAUGAAAGCAUCAUUAUUAAGAAGCUGGCCUUUCACCAAGAGGAUGCCUUGGAACUGGAAGAAGAGGCCAAAGCACAGCCAGACACUGUCGAAGCACCUCCAAUUUCUGCAGGCCAAAGGGUUGUCAUGCGAUCGAACCUUGCUAAGGAGGACAACUGGACAGGCGCAGAUCACAAUGCUUGGGCACUUGCGGGGGAGGAGGAAAUCCUGAAUGCUGCAAAGCUGCGGUGCCAAGGACACCUACCCAGCUGCCCCCAAUUUCAGACAAAGGCGUGGGACAAGGAGCGAGAGCGGCUGAACAGCAGCCCCCACUCUUCACUUGACUUAGAGUGGGAGAAUGAAGUUGGGUUAACACCACCACAGCGAUGUGCAUCUGCUGCCGAUGAUGAAUUCGUGUAUGUCCCUGGUGUGGACACCUGCAGCAACCACUCGACUCCUCUGUCAAAUGAAAAUGACCUUGAAUGGGAUGGCGACCUCUCAAGUGUCCAGAUCGGAGGCUUUGACAUGGAAACAGAACAGCUGAUCUCAGAAAUUGAACAGAUGACGGUAGAUGCCCUGAAAGAACCCUCGGGUGCUUCCAGAUGACCAUCUGUGCACCAUCUAGACAGGUGCGCCUGUUGAGGACUGUCUACUGUUUUUUCUUGUGUGUGUGCCUGUGUGUGUGUUUAUGUGUGUGUGCAGUGGCACACACUGCUUGCAGUUAUGCUUGGGUUCAUCUCCUUUGAACAUCGCACUGUGGUUGUACUAUUUGCAUGAGCACAGUAGCCGACAGUUUACCAGGCUAGCACAGUGGGUCCAAAGUUAUUUGACUAGCCUGAUGCAGUGCAACUUUGAUCUGAAGCGUAGUCGUCCUUGUAAAAUUUUAAGGAUGUGAAUAUGCUCUGCUUAGCCUAAAAGUUAUUUGUGAACUGCAUUGCACCUCCUGUGCUCAUUUUGUGUCACCUAGCUUGUCACUAAUUGGUUUGUGGUGGAAAGGAUUGCUUUAUCGGUGUGUGCUAAAAAGGCCAGCAGUAGUUAAAACCAAGAAAAACAGAGGGGCUUUUUAGUGGCUUACAUGAGGGAAAAAGUUGAUUUUUAUUACUGUUACAUUGCAGGCAAACUUUUUAAAAGCUGCAUUGUACAUCACGUGCAGUGAACCACCAGUUGAGCUACAGCAGUGGCUGCAUUCCCUUCUGUGUUUGAGUGCAGAUCAGUGUGUAAAAAUGUGUAUAGUGCCUUGAGAGUGUUAGGUCAUGCUGUUCCUAACCAUAGUGGCAGAUAUUACCCGUUCUCACUACCCUCAUUUCUUCACAGCUCAUGGCAUAGUGAGCUUCAGAUAAUGCAGUCUUGGUUCUAUAGUUGCCAUAAUGUGUCACCCACCAGUCUGCUCUUAAAUGGGGCCACAGUCCACACAACACUCGCCAUUCAGUCGAGUGUUCUACACUUGUUGCCACGGUCAGGAGUAACAUUGGUUAUCACUUCUGAGGCUAGUAUGCAUAAUCUUGCACAUCUAUUAUUGAAUCAUGUGAAAGGAGAAACAGCUAUUGCCUUAGCUGAACCAGUGGAACAUUGCACACCAAUAUGCAGAAGUUUUGGGUUUGGGCUACAUAGGCGGUGUGCUUUCUUAAAAGCACCACAAGUUCAUUGUGGUUUUCUUUGUUUCAGGGGCUGUUGGCCUUUUCAGUAUAUCACAUAAAGCCCUCAUUGCCCACAACAUUUCUUACAGUGUACUCUGUGAAAACAUAAUAGAUCAAGAUCAAGCAAAGUAAAGAAAAAAAAAGUUAAUACUUGUGUGGGUCUAAUGGACCCAGAAUGCACUGAGGUGUUAAGGAUCUUACUGUGAUCUGCUUUACCUUUUAUAUUCAUAGGAGUGUUUUUGUUCAUUAAGACAGCAUGCAGCCAUAUUUUCCAGAACAUUUGCCCAUGUGCCGGGGCGUAGCACAUGAAUAAAGUGGUGUGCCUAUCUGUACUGCUUCCAGAGCAUUCCGCUUAGCAAUUUUCUUCACGGUUGUUUCAUUAUAGCCAUGUCUUGUGUUGUAGUGAGACCAUAAGCCACUUUCUGGCUACUGAACCCACACAUUGUAAAUUCCUUGUGUGGCCAGGGCUAGACUGAUACAAGACUCAACAUGGCAGAGCUUGAGGCACAUGGUUCUUUUGAUAUUCAACAGUACCUUUGAAAAUUUGCAGGCAACAUGCCCAUUGUAUUUUUUUUUUUUCUUUCAGAAAAACAUUUUGCAGUAGACUUCUUUUUUUUUUUCUCGGGUAGCAGCCCAUCUUUCAGUGCUCAGAGAAAGUUGCCAUUAGGGAAUUAAGUGGAUUCUGACCCUGCCUGCCUUCACAUCGCAUCUUGAGCAAAAGUGCAUUGCACCAUUUGUGAACAUAGGGCCUCAACCAUCUAGCAUUCUCUGCUACAUAAAUUUGCCAGGGUCAGUUUUCCGACUUCCAACUUCUUGCUGUACCACUGAAUCACAAAAGUAAAAGGUAUAGAAGGCAAGCACAAAGGUAACAUGUAAGAGUACCUGCUGUGCAGUGCACACACAAGUGUUGCUCAGCGAGAUUUAAAAAAAACUAAACAAAAAAAAAACUUUCUGCAAAAAAAAAAGAAAAAAAAGACCAUAGCAAGUUGUUACCAUUCUUUGCACCGAGAGCAUGAACGGGUGGCUGCUGGAAAAGUUGUGAUAUAGCAGGGUAUGCAUACAUAAGCCAUCUACUACAGUUAAAUGUAAGAUUUGCAAAUCUCUAACGCCUGACCUGAUGGGUGUAUGGGUGCUAGAGAUUACGGUGCAUAAGAUGAUGCAGUCGUCUUCUGGCAUGGCUUCACCACUGGCGGGAGUUGACUCUGCACUCAAAGUACCAGAGCCCAUUGUAAUUUCUAAUUUCUGACAAAAAGGUUCGUGACUUUAUGUUGGUGCUUUAGUGUUGCGAUAUUUAGUACACUAGUAUAUGUUGAUGUUUUCUUUUUUUAAGUUACCCCAACUUACAAAUUGAAAAGAAUGUUUCAACUCAUAUGCAAGUCAGCCGACACUUACAAUGACAACCCAUUCUUGUCUUUCGGUGUCAUGAAGGGAAGAGAGGUAAACAUCUAUUAGGGUGUGUGUAUGCCUGUAAUUGCCGCAGAUGUAUGCCUGUAGUAUUACCAGUGCAACUGCCUCUGUGAGCAUCCUCUCAUCGCCAUGUAGCAGCAUUACUAAGGCCACAGUCCUCUUACAUAGCACUUGGCUAUUCUAGGCCCCCUCAAAACGCUUGUGUAGGGAGAAACGUUUCCACUACUACUUCUCUUAGCUUUGUGAAAGUCUACAGUCUACUCAUACGAAUUAGUGCAAAUCAAAGUAGAAGAGUUUACUGCAAUGUAAAACUAGUAGCUUCUAACUUGAAAUAAUAUGGCUCUUUGCUUUCUUAUCACCUAUGAUAGCAGUUUAUUGAAGUUCGUCUGCUAUUUUCAUUCUUAUCAUUUAUUACCAUAAUUAAUUUCCACUUUUAUUCAGACAUAUACUAUGUCACACAGUGCUGUUUUGUUUCGUGUGUAGCGAAUUGGGCUUGAGAGUGCUUUGAAAGUGUGGCACUUAACUGUCAUAAAAAAAUUGUUCGUCUGAACUGUUGCUCAUGCGUUUAAAGGGACACUAAAGGAAAAUGUUAAAUCAAGCUACAUUGAAAGAGUAGGCUUCUGUAAUAACGAAUUCGUCAUUCGUAAUGAAAACAGAACUUUUUGUAAGCGAGAAAGUGACUAUGAUGGAAAAUCGGAGUGACGCCACCUGUUGUGGGCUACAGUGCCACUCAUGUGUGACCUCUGCACUGCUGAUUCACAGAGAGCAGCUGCUAUGCCCACUGGAAGAGGCAUCACUUUUUCUGUUUACAACCGCGUUGUAGUGCACGUUAAAGAACCCCAGGUGGUCGAAAUUAAUCCGGAGCCCUCCACUACGGCAUGCCUCAUAGUCAGAACUGGUUUUGGCACGUAAAAUCCCGAGAAUCAAUCAAUCUGUUUACAACCGUCACCCCUGAGGUGGCAACCACCCUCGCUCACUCUGGCCCUUUGGCUCAGGCAACUGUAUCCGGCAUCCUGAACCCAAGCAGAGCUGCAGAGUGACUCACGCAAGCAGAACACCUGCAGCCACCAAGCUUUGUAUAUAGAGCUAAAUAAAGAGCUUCUAGAAAACAACAGCAGCAUAGAGGAAGCUCACGUGGAGAUUACAUCAACUGCCCCAUUUUGGUGUGGGCUGUUCAGAUUCAGUAGCAGCAGCAGGAACUUCGGCGGCAAUUUACGCAACAAAUUGAUGUAUUGGCACACAAAAAAUAAUAAUAGACUUCUAGACGAAUUCUCUAUCGAGCUAGUUCAACUUAAUAUUUUCCUUAAAUGGUCCCUAUAACGUAUAAGUUCUGAUCAAGAUGUCCUUUGUGACAAAAACAAAUCAGAUGGACGUUUUGUUAAAGUUGCUCAGCUGUAUAUAUGUUUUAAUGUUCCUUCUCAGAAAUUAUUCAAACAUACCAUGCAUUUCCUUUUAUGUGGAACACUUUUUUUUUUUUUAAGAAGCGAUCAUGUCUAGACCCUUGCUGUUUUUGCUGAUUAACUACAAAGCUAGGUAGACAUCAUCAGCAAGAACAUUUUCUAUGAUAAUUUUGCAAAUUAUUGAAAAUGUGCUAAUUAACUUUUUUUAACUACUACUCACUUUAGAACACAUGUAAUUGUGAAAUUGAAGCCAAAGAGUAAAGUCAUCUCUGCUUAGCAGAAAUGCUGUGGCUAGCACCACAUUUAAAAUCUACUACCUUGAAGUGUGCUACGAAAUACAUCCCUAUAAGUGUGCUUCUAAAAGUUGGGAUGAUUUUAACUUAAACGCUGAGGCAUUUUUUUAGCAGAUUUUGUGUACGGAUCUCUUGAAAGUGGUGAUACCUUUAAUAUUUCUGCUUAGCAGGCGUGACCUCACUACUCCUCUGCUUCAAUUUUGCAAAUGUGUGUGCCUUAACGUAAGUAAUUAAAAACUGAAUUAGCACAUUUUAGGUAAUUAACAACUCUCUUUUUUUUUUUUGCUUGUGUCCACCUAGCCACGUAGCCUAUCUGCAAUAAUGGCAGGGGCCUAGAUGUGAUAGUUUGUUUUAAAAUGAAGUGUUCCAUAUAAAAAAACGCCUGGUAUAUUGGUUUGUGUUUGUGGAACUCCACACUAGCCUUUGUGAGAAAAAACUUUUUAACCACUCCAAAUGCCAGUAUCAAAAAUAUUGCCUCCUUUUUAUACUCUUUGCAUGAUCACUAAUUAUUGUGUGAAUCCCUAACAUGUCUAUACCAUCUUGCUUUUUUUGGGGCCAUGUGUCGAUUUUAUUUUUGGUUUCUUAUAAGUUGGGUGUAGAUUAUGUCACUCAAUUAGACAUGAGAGCGCAGUUUAACAAGGGGGCUGCUGAGAAUGUGCCAUGCCACAUAAUUCUGAAGAAAUUAGUGACUUACAGAUCAUGUAUUCUUUUCAUUAUCUUAUAGUAGAAUAUGAAGAAUGAUAUUUAUGCAUAGACACUUUGCAGUGAACAGUUUGGUGCAACUAAAAUCAGGUGUCACCACUGUGCACUUUCAUCCGUGGGUGGCCUUGUGUGAAGCCAAAAUGCAUUGUUAGUGGCAGCCAUGUGCAGGGUGCAUACCACUGUCAAACACACAGCACCUUUAGUGAGAAAGUAUGGCAAGGUAAAAAAAAAAAAAUUAAAUGCACCAUCAUUGGGUGUUAAAACACUGAUGGGCUCAUCAGUGCACAGAGCUUGUCUGUGUGCGGACACAAGCCUUUUCAGCAUUUAAACUAGUACUUACUCUUAUGCCCUAAAUUGCACAAUUGCAAACAACAAGAAAAACAACUGAGAAUCAGCUGAAUCACCAACGGUAUCAGUUAAGUACUGUGAACUACAUGGCAAAAUAUGGUGAAUUUUACACAUUAAAAUGGAAAAACAGUACAUGGAACAAGUGGCAGUACUCAGAAAUGCAGUUGCUUUUAAACCAUUGAGCUAAUUUGCUGUCGCUGUUAACCAUAUUAUGAUGCUUGCUAGUUUUUUCAAACUGUCAAGUUUGUAGUUUCAUUGAUACAGCUCUGAGAGCGACAUUUCAGAGUACUCUCUGUGUGCACAAGUGCUCCAUAUGAUAUGUGCAUAGUGCCGGAUACAAGCUUUUGAAAGACCCUACACAGCUUUCUUAGUUAGCCACAAUGUCAGUGCAGUUUGAAGAGAUGGCAGAUAAGACAGUCAAGCUUGAAGCAAAGCUGAUUGGAUGGGAGCAUAUGCACUAGCAGCAUGGGAAACGCUCCAGAAGUGGAAAAUACGGUCACAUUAUUGCGCAUACCAGGUUGCAUGGGUACAUUCCUUGAUGGGAAAUUAAGGUGCAUACUCCUGAACAAGACUAUGAAACAUCAGUCCAUAUUGUCAGCCAUGAAAUUGCAAUUUUUUUUACUAUUGCAUGUUUUGAGCAUGAUCAAUUUUGUACUGCCACCCAUUCAUGCUCAGGUAAUUUGCUGUUCUGCAACCAGCCUUUCAAAACACAAGGCCACUCAUGCUGGCACACCCAAAGGACCAAAUAUAGAAGUCCCAAGCUGUAGCACUGCAAGGUGUCUGUAGUAAUUGGUACUCCAAGGAAAAUAUUUUCAGUCGACUACAGCUGUAGUGAAAUACCUGACUCAUGCUUGAUUUAUGCUGUAUAGCGGUAUUCUUUUCUUUUGUCCUUCAUGAUGUGAACAGUACUAGGAUUGGCAAGGAUAGUGAUUCUACUGCCUUGUACAAAUUACUGGAACGAUGUAGCUGGAUUCUGCAUUUAAAUUUAUGAUUUAUGCAUACUGGCACUCCUCUUCACAAAUGUAGCUGUGCCUGCCCUUGUACUAUGGUGCAAGAUAUAUACUCUUUAGGUGGGGACACUUCUCGGCUUGCUUGCUAGACGCGAUCGAACCAGAUAAAGUAGCAAGGGCACGCGUCUAUCGGGCCAGUGACGGCAGUGGACACCUAUCGGCGGGACGGCGCAACUUCAGUUAGAACGCAGGCGAGAGCUUGCAUGGACAAGGAGCGCGCGCAUGCCCUCUCCCCCACAUUCUCCCCUCUCCCCGGUGACCUACUUUGGCGCGUCACUCAAUCAUUUCGGAUUUCCCGCGAAGCGCCGGUUGCUAUACUAACGGAAGAUUAAACCAAUAAAAAGUUUUCUGUGGUAAAGUUGCGUCGUACCGUCGAUAAGUAUCCGCUGCCGUCACCGGGCCGAUCGGCGCGUGCCUUUGCUACUUUUAUCUGGUCGAUCGUGUCUCGCGAGUGUCCUCACCUAAAGAGUAUAUAUCUUACACCGUGCCUUGUACACACAGCAACACUUAAAUUGUAUUGCUCAAAAUUUCUUUUAUAAAUAAGUCUUAAAAAUGUUAUAAAUAUAUAUAUAGUCUUUUUUUUUUGUGCAACGUAUCAAUGUAGAGUACAUUGAAAGCUCCCACUUCGGGUUACCAUUCUGUAGUCACUGAAAUACCCAUAGUCUGUUUUUUAGUACAGCCUUAUUCUAAGCUUCGGCAUUUGACAUAAAAUGCAUCUUGAAGGUAGUGUUAAAUAUGCUAACCCUUGAAUUGAGAAUUUUUGAAAUACUAAGAAACAUAGUCCAGCUCCUUGCUUCAGUGGUUAGUUCUACUGAUUGUAGCCCGUAAAACAUGCAUGUGGUGUUGGGAGUGCUUUGCAAUGCAAGCUGUAAUAUUUCACUCUUAUACAGGCAAUACCAAGCUUAUCGCAAAGCAAUUGCCAUAUUCAGCAAAACAGCAAUAUCUGGUUUCAUUGAUCAGACCAAGAAAUUAGUGAACAAAUACUCAAGUAGCCAGAACAUUCACGAGUGCUUUUUGUCACACUAACAGGGCAGCUGAGCUGAAUUUUGCAAUGGUCCAUGAAGUUAACUAUAACAGCAAACAUGAAUGAUGCACUUAAAAUCAGAAAUAUUAGGGCCAGGAAAAGGUUUUACACUGUUUUGUACACUUCUCUUGAUAGUGCGUUCUAUUCUAGCCAAAGAAGUGUGCAGCACUUAACUUUUCUGGCCAUGCAAGUCUAAUGAAUGCUGUCAGAUCAGAAACACAUGUGACACUUAAUAGUUUGUGCUUUCUCUGUGAGCAUCCUAAAGCACUUGGGUGCUCUUGGCAAAAUGGCCUUGGUUGUGGCAUUCAGCUUCAAAGGGAAGCUUUUUCAAAAGCAUGGCAUCUGUAAUUGUUCCUAAAAAAUUUUUAUUUCUAAGUGUGUUAGCAGUAUUUCUUUCUCUCAUUUUACUUUUUUUUAAAUAAGAUCUGUAGUUUGUAUUGUUUUUGUAAUUAAAGUCACGUGAAAUAAUUUUCCGUGGCUUUCUUUUCCAUAGUGCAGUUUCCCUCUCUCUGUCCUUGUUUCCCUCUUUAUGAAAUUUACUACAGUCUUGUUGCCAUUAUGUUGCCAUAACUGCAUUAAGUAUGGUACAAAUACAAGUUCUGCUUGCUUGGCUUUAUGUUAGGCUGUAAUGAAAUUUUGAGGCGUAGUAGUCUGUUAAAAGAGUGCAGCCCUUUCCUCCCACCGUGAUCAAUAACAAGGAAGAUGCUAUGCGAGCUGUGCUAGAACAUCAUGGUGUACUGGCACACUCCAUUUAAAGUGUUGUGUUGUGAGCAGUAAUUCUUUGUGUCUGUAGUGUAAUGUGCAUGCCGUAAUUGCCAACAAGGUUACCAUAGGUGCAUCAGACUGGGCGUCAGUCUUGACAGAUCAUGUGGAUUGCAGUGUAAUGACAGUGGUACCUUAGUGCAGAUGUAGUUUUAUGGCAUAAAAUUGUGUGUAGGUGUCAGCCUGUAAGUGUCCUGUGUGAACCCUUUGCACUGGGAAAGGGUGUCGUAGAGGUUGCUGUGCUAGUGCAGUUCACACUUAUGUUGACGUCUAGUCGUGAUUUUGUGAUGCAGAGCGCAUCUGUGUAUGUGCACUCUAGGCACCCUCAGUAUUUAAACAAUCUUUAGGUAGGAGAGGUGGCAGGGUCCAUUAUUGUGAAUGCAAAUCACGAGAGAGGGCAACAAAGCUUAAGGGGUGAAAGUCGUUAGGUUCUGUUCGGUUGGCUUUAGACUGGCUGGGGACAUUAGAGCAAUUUAAUGACAGUAGUAACUGUACUACAGAGAUAAUUAGGUUGGACAACUGCAGAGGGCAUUGGAGCCAACGUUUGUCAGAGGGCAAAUGGAGGCAACAAAAUCUCUACUUUUGAGUGCAUUCUACCAGCCCUUGAGCAUGGAAAUUCCCAUUGUCCUGCAUUACACUUUGCAUAUACCUCUCCAAGUGCACUCAGGGGCCAGCUUUCCGUGUGGCAUGCAAGAGAGCAACAAAAGGGCUUUCGCAAACUGGCAAGUGCAAGUGUGCCUUGCCACAGGUGUGCUUCUGAAAGACUAGAAGCUUCGGCCUGUGCAUGCUGGCCUCCGGCAGAGGCAAAUUGCAGCAACAAGCCGUAACAGACCAGCCAGCAUGAAAUAAAUACUACCCAGUGCAUGUGCCAGUCUGUCACACAAAUUUCAUGUUGAUGUGUACUUGCAGAACUGGUCUUUCAAGGUCACAGCAUUGAAGCACAGAAGGGACCAAACUAAAAAGCUUGCUUAGAAAACAAGUUUCAAAUUGCCGUUUUCUGCCACUUAUGUGCUACAGUAUUUGCGCAGUGAUAUUACCCUUGAGUGAGCCAGCUGAACCAGUGUUUGUUGAAAUUCUUCCUAUUGUGGAGACUGUGUGCAGGAUAAAAUCUAGUUACUCUAGUUUAAGCUUGCCAAAAAUGGCAAAUAUGUGCAGUUUGUAAAUUGUUAAUUUCUUUCUUCUCUGUGGUAAACAGUAAUGGGAAGUAACAUCUGUUUGCUCACUUAUGCAAAAUAUGUCCCAUGUAUGUUUCUCAUAUCAUUUUAGAUGUCAAGACUUAUAGCUGUUUGUGCUAUUGUAAUUCUAAUCGCUUAAUUAGCCUUUCUCUUUGUCAUAAAACUAAAUAUACUAGAAAGAUAGAGAUGUCAAACAAUGUGUAUUGUGUAAUUAGGCAUUGUAAAAGUCUAUGUUCUCUGCAUAUACAAGUGUAACAUACUACAUAAUUGGGGAACCUGACAGUGAUGGAAUUUGAGAAGAUGUUUAGUGGUCUGCUUACACUGGUUAGCAUAAAAAUUGUGAUUUAUUGAGAUAUAAAUUUUGCACUCAGUACACCUUGGUCAUUUAAAAUUGUGUUAUAUGUAAUGUGAUUAUGGUGGCUCACUUGCACCCACAGCAUAUACAUUGACCGUUUUGUGUAAGAGUACCCUGAUGCGUGUUUCCUGAAUGAGCUAAAAUCCAUAGUGUCUAGCUCUGUGGGAUCUCAAAAGAACUACAACAGAAACAGACUAUCAAAGUGACUAUCAUCCUAGUACAUGUGAUCAAGACAAAAUGCCCUCAAAAUCCUAGGAUAAGGUGCAGCCUUGUGUAUACACAAGCAAGUGUGGUGUAAUGUUUGGAGCUCAGUUUCGAUGUGUUCCAACAAAAAAAAAAUGGGAGCUGUGUAAACUUUAUUGUUGUGCAGACCUUUAGUGCUAACUGUUCACAUCCCUUGAACAUAACGAUCAUUUAUAGUAUCCCAGAACGGCAGACAGGCCUAGAAAAAAAGUGAUACAAUAGCAGAACACAGUAGGGCAUAAAUAAAUCAUUGAUGUGCCUCGUCGUGUCCAUUCAUUGCAUCCCAAAGUAGACUGCACACACAGUGCACAAAACAACGAAAUUGUUUUUGUUUUUUUCAUUGCUUGCUAUAUCAGUGGCACAUCCUGCUUCUUUUACAAACACUAGAUUUUUAACGUGUAGAGUGGACCCUUAGUUGCCUUGCAUGCUAUGACAUAUAGUUGAUGCAACAUAUACUCCUACAGGAACAGUACAUAAAAAGUGCAGUGACUGCUGCAAUAAAUAUGCACAGACAAAAACGGGUCAAUUUAUGCACAAUUCCUUACUAGUUUUCGGUUGUGUACGAUGGUUGUUCUAUAAGCAACAUAAAAAUGCAACAGAAUCACAUUUUCUGUACAAAAUUGCCUUUUACUUUUCAAUAUGGUCUCCUUGGAGCUCCACACUAUUGGUCCAGUGGCGUUCCAGUUUUUUAUUCUCUUGAAAAAGUAGCCAGUCCCGAGGCCUUGCAGUGACCUCAUCAUCUCAAAAUGUCUUUCCCCCUAGCCAGAUCUUGAGGUUUGGAAAUAGAAAGAAGUUGCAUAGGAGGCAAAUCGGGAGAAAAUGGUGGAUUACAAAGCGAUGUGAACUGGAUUAAUACAAUUUUUUCAUUGCAACUGCAGAGAUGCGAGCCAGGCCAUUGCUUUUAAGAAAGACGGCUUUUUUUUUUUUCUUUCUCAGAUUUCAGCUGAUUUAUUUGCAGCCCUUCAACCAUGCACUUCAGAAGUAUUGCAUGACAUUCUUUGUUGAUCACCUGGCCCUUCUAUAAAUAGUCAAUAAAUCUCUUAAGAAUCGCCCAAAACUGGUUAUCACCUUCCCAGCCGACGAAAUUGGAAUUCGCUUUCGUCACAUACUUUUGUCAGGUGCUGACCACUGUGUGUGUAAUGGUGUUUUCAAGUAUCAUUCAUGGUCGCAUAUUGACACUGAAAGCCUUGAAGAUUAUGCUUAAGCAUUGACUCACGGUGUUUUUAAAUGUCGUCUCACACUCAUUUUUGGUCAAGCUUUGGUCAAUCACCAGGCAAAGUUUUGUCACUUGGUGAUUGAGCUUGCCAUGCGAAAUUGGGGCAAAAACAGAAUGUUGCGUUUUUCUCAUGCAAAUACAGUAUAUAAAUUUCAGAACCUUGUAACAUAGUGCAAACUGCAGGGGAACUGAGCAUUAGCUUUCUGUCCUAGAUACCACUCUUAAUAAGUCUAGUGUAAUUUGUCACCUGGGAUCAUAUGCACAUAUCAUGCCUCCAUCUAAGAAAAUUUGCCAAAAAUUUUUUGCAAUUACAUAUUCUCUAGCACUUAUGGAUUGAAUUACAUGUGCAAACUAUAGCAAAACCUGAUUGAUAUUUUAAGCUUUUAUUUUUAGUUCAGGUGAAAAAUAUCACGCUGCUGUGCUGCAAAUUGCAUGUAAUUUACAGUGAGGAAAGUACCAGAUACUGUAUGCUGUGGCUAAUAGACAACUUUUAUAUAAAGAUGCUGUGUUGGUUGUU